CGAUUCCAUCGUCGCCGUCGCUUUCAUUGUUAACCAUUUGAAACGCCAGCAUGAGAGCACAAUUUCCUUCAGGCUGGUCACGCCUGCGCAUCAGUCCCAAUAACCUCAAUCUAGCCAACACUUUGCCAGUCGGUCAAUCAUUUCUUUGGCAUCGCAGAAUACUGGCAUCGGACACUGGGGGCUGUAGGGAGGAAUUCUCGCGGGCUGUCGAUGAUCCGCCGCGAGUACUCUUCAUGCGACAAACGGAGACGGAUCUGUGGUACACAUCACUCUAUCCUGCUAAUCAGACUCGCCCUAAUGAUGAUGUUGAUCUACCGUGGAUUAUGGACUACUUCCAAUUGGAGCGUCAUCCGAGCUUAGAGGAUCUCUUUGCAGAUUGGCGUAAGAGGGACCCGAAGCUGUUCGGGGUGGCGGAAGUGGGGUCUCGUGCUCAAGGUGUGCGAGUCCUCCGACAGGAUCCGUGGGAAUGUCUGAUUGCGUUUAUAACCUCGACUAAUAACCACAUUCCCCGGAUUACAUCACUCUUACAUCGCCUGACCCACACAUUCGGCAGACCAGUUGUGAUAGACGAUAUGGAUGAUGGAACACUAAGCUAUCACCUCUUCCCUGCUGCUCACGAAUUCGGGUCGGAAUUGGAACAUCAGCUCCGAAAUAUGGGCUUCGGUUAUCGUGCAAGAUUUCUAGAGAGCACACUGGAAACCCUCCGUGCGAGGUACGGCAGUCAGCCCGGAGUGAUCGAGGCUGGGUUGCGUGAUUUACGAGCGGCAGAUGUGGGACUAGCCAGAGACGAAUUGAUACAACUCAUGGGAGUGGGUCGCAAAGUUGCAGACUGCGUGCUCCUUAUGAGCUUGGACAAGUCAUCCAUAAUACCAAUCGACACGCACAUGCUCGCAGUAGCUUCACGACACCCUUCGUUUCCUCACCGUCUCAGGAACAAGGCAAUGUCAGCACAGGCUUAUGACGAGGUGCAAACAUUCUUGCAAGACAAAUGGGGCCCUAUGGGCGGAUGGUGUCAGGCGGUAGUCUUCGCCGUGGAUCUCAAGGAGAGGCCUACCCCUGAAGACAAGUCGCCUACUGGACCAGAAGUCAAGCUCGAAGCGGUCCCCGAGAUCGAUACCGCUGCUAUAUCAUCCAUUGAACACAAGGAAACCUCAACGACGAAAGUUCAGCGCAAACGCAGGAUCUUCGAAGGUGCUGCUGUUGUUCGUCACUCCACGCAGACAAAGCGGACAAGAAACUCGAGCACGAUGAUGUUCAAAGCCUCCACUGAGACUCUCGUUGCGACCAAGGUCAAAGGCGAGGAUGAUAUGACGAAGUGAUACGCGACAAGACCUGGA